UAUAUAUAUCCAGUAACGUGCCAAGAAGCAAGGCUGUUCUGGAUGGUGUUGAUACUUUCCUAUUAAAGACGUUGCAUAGUAACAUCGGGACUUGUUGCUCUCGUAGAAUGUCUGGGAAAGACCCUUUGCUGGGUGCCCUAAAAGCUUUCAUACUUGCUCUCCAGGCAGAAGAGAGUCCUAUAACAGAUGAAAAUCCACAUCUUGCCCCACUGUGCGAGGUAUUGGAAAUGAUCCUGCGGAGAGGAAUUAGGCAACCAGUACUGGGAAUAAAGAAAAGAGAUUACUGGCAGUGGCUAGAACAACUUCCACAGCAUGAUACCUGCGGCAGAUUGACCCAGCUCUGCCUAGCAUUGGAAAAAGCAAGCAAUUGCAAGAAGGUGCUGACUGCUCAAGGAAAAGGAAGGCACUUCCUCAGGCAAGCUUUAAAUAAAAAGCUCUUGGCUGUUGCCAUCCAGCACUUGAUGCAUACUUCAAAACUACUAGAGUGGUAUGAACCAGCUCUGUCUGUGCUUGGAAAUGAAGACCUUACAGAGCCAUUCCUGUCUUUGCUCCUGGUGGUGUCUGACAUGAACUUCUGUCUAGAUGUGGAGAAUUCCAGUUUCUUAGACGACAGCUGGUUACUGCCGGUUGCUGACACUUAUGAGACAGUGCCUUGCAGAGAAUUGGGAAUGGUGCUCAAGUACCUUAAUGGAAGGAUCUUCAUCACAGACAUAAUCCCAGGCAGCCAGGCUGAGGUGGAUGAGUUUGUAAUGACUGGUGACAUCAUUGAUGAGAUUAAUGGAAUAUCGCUAAGGAAAUCUCCAAAUGGACAGGCUGGAUUUGUGCUACAAAAAUUCAAAGGCAAACCCUUAAAUUUUCGCAUAAUCAGAUGGAAAUGGCGAGACGGAAAAAUUUAUAAACCAAUGUUACCACUUCUGAAAUUAUUACAGGAAGAAGUUCCUGACUUGAGGCUUAACUUUGAGAAGCCCACUGAAGAAUGUGAGGCCAAGUGCCUGGAGGAUGGCAGACUUCUGUACAUGCUAAAGUAUAUGGGCAAGGUCAACGUUGGAAUGUAUGGUGGAAAAGAAGUACUAGAUCAAGGAAUACCAACAGUGUUAGAUAAAAGAUUACCUCCAAGGGAUGUCUCCUUUGAUGUGAAAGAAACAGAAGUCAUUUGCACUGACAAAUCAUCCUCUAAGGUUUUGUUUCAUCACCAGUACCCAGAGGUAUCUUGUGUGGGCCGCUGUCUGGGGAAUAAUGGCAAGGUUUUUGGUUUCUGCGUAGCUGAUUUUCCAGAAGCACCUGGUCGCUCUACAUUUGACUGCCUGGUGUUAGAAUGUAACUCAGAACAGGAAUGUGAUGAGAUUGUCCGAAGAAUAGCUGCUGGAUUUAAACACACAGAAUGGUUUGUAUGACGAACUGAAAAAUAAACAUUACACAAUGCGACUCUCCUUUGAAUACAACAGACUGUAGCCAUGGUGCACAUUUUUACCUCAGGGUUUCAAAACAAAAGACAGCCAAAUGGAGUGAGCAAACUGAAUGAAUUUUAUUUUUAAUAGUCUUAUGUAAAUAUUAACAGUGUAAUUUUAAGGGAACAUGGUGGGUUUAUACAAGCACUAUGCUUUAUCUGCUGCAACACUUCUAUCACAACAGGAACUUGGAAUGUGUACAGAAUGCAAAUAAAAUAGUGACCUUCAGAAGUUUGCAAACCUAUUUGUUUCCAGCUAACAUUUUUAAUUUGCAUAAUUAGGAGCCAACCUAUGAACACCAGAUGACUACAAAGUGUGACCAGUUGUAUUAUGUUGUUUAAUCAAUCUUUUUUUAGCUGUGGAAAUUUGAAGCUAUGCAUGGGCAAAUGUACUCCUGGACAUUGAGUGAUUAAGAAUUUUAUCUUUUUAAUGCAUUUGGGUAUGGUAGGCAACAUUACAUACCAACCAGAUCCAUGCAUUCCUAUUUCAUUAGAAACUUUAAAAUGGCUUUUCUAAAGCCAUCUCAAUUGUGUACAGGAGUAAAGACCCUAAACAGUGCAGGUGAUCGGAGUUAACAGCUCCAGUGUCUGCACAAGCUAGCAGAGGAAUAUGGGAGUGGCUGCUGCCUACCUGCCCAUCCAAGAGUGAGUUCUCACCAAGUAGGAGCACUGUUACAGCUCUGGAGUUUGGGCCCAAGAAUUACUUGCUAUAUGGGUACUUUGCAUAUGCAGAAGGCAUCGUGCACAGCUGAACUUGAGUCAUGGAAGUGGGGUGCUGUCUGGUGAGUGCACCCCACAACCCAACUCAGUGCAGAAUGGGUAGUCCAAUAGGGCUUAGCUUGCAGGAAUGAAUGGGCCACUGAGUUAUGCUGUCCAUUAGUGCAUAGAGCAGAAUGUAUACACCAGUAAAUAACCAGAGGCUCAAAACCAACAGUUCCCAAUUUGUACACCACUGGGUAGGGGGGGAAUAGAGAAAUGAAAAAGGCAACAGCUGGUUUGCAACCCACCUAGUGAUAGUUUUCUAGGAUUCUGAGUGGGGAUGGUACCAAAGGCUUUGGCCAGAUCAAGGUAGGCUUACCUCAUCCACCACUCUGGUGACAGAUUCAAGGUGACCAGGUUGAGUAGGCAUGAUCUACCUUCACACCCAAACCGUGGGAUCCAGAGUUUGAAGAUGCCUAUAUCCAAGAUUCAUUCCACAGCUGUGCAUGUCAAACUUAGGCUAAUAGAGCAAUAGUUCCCAGGGUCUGCAGGUCACUGGACAGAUUACCAGCAGUGCACCAUUUAGACAGGGAGCUUGAGGUUGAACAGGUAAUGUGCCAGUUCACUCCAGUGCUUUUUAACUGGUGUAGCAGUAAUACUGGGUGCCCGACAGUCAUGUUAGAUCUCACAUCAUUUACACCCACAUAUAAAAUGAAUGUCAUACCUGUUGAUGGGACAAGUGUACAGAUCCUGUCACCUUAGUCUAGUGACUGGGACAGUGUCUCAUGACUGUUGGGCACUGUUCUAGGCACUGGUUGAGUGGCACUGAGUAGUCUCAUGAAAGGUGUUGAUGCAUUUCUGCCUUUGAGAUCUCUGCUGUUUGGGUAGAUUUGUGCCACAAGGUGGGUGUUUGUGUUCUAGACAACUAGAUUGGUGCAGUAGACCAGCUAUUAGUCUUGGCUGGAGAGCCCAUUGCUUCCAAUUUGGAUAUGCAAGUGGGAAAUUUACAUGAGGCAGUUGGACCUUGGUAUGCUGAAGUUCUAGGUUAAUAGAACAUAGGAACCUGCCUGGAGAAGUGGGCAUCAAGUACUGGAGCAUGAGCAGUUUAGAAUGUUUAGUGCUGGCAGCACUUGCUACAGUAGGUCAGAUAAAGUGCUAUUCUGAGUCCAGAAGAGGAGAACUAGCAAAUCAAAGGGAAAACUGGGGCAAAUUGGCACCACUGAAUAUGGACUAGAAUAGUUACAGGAAACCAGUAUUAAAAUUUGAAAGUUCACGUGUAAGCAAUGCAAAUUCACUGUAUUCCAAAUUCAAUUGUUUAAGAGUCAAGUUCCCCAACUUUUAUUUGCAUUGCAUCCUUAAUCCUUAUGCAGUAUUGCCUUAGAUAAAGGUUUAUGGCUGGAGCAUCUCCCAGUUUUCCCCCGGAACCUCUUGUACUUUUGCAAUCGAUUUAGAAUUUGUUCCCGACAGUUCUGACUGGGUGCAGAGAGUCUGAACUAGAGGGGGGAAAAAAAUCUGGUUAUAACUUGGUGCCCACAUCUAGGUAGUGGCAGAUACCACCCCCCCCCACCAGAGAUGGUCUGGUAGCACUUCUGGGAAUCACCCCCCCCAGAGAUGGUCUGGUAGCACUUCUUGGAACCAGAGUCCUGAUUUUGCACAUCAUCUCCACCCCUGGGUCUCCCAACAAACUCCCUUUAAAAGGAUCCCCUGCAUUUAUUCGAGAACUUCACUGGUUUCUAGAAAAGGUUGGUAGUUCAAACCAUGACCCAGUGUAUCCAGACAGGGCAUUGACAAGGCCUUAAAACAGUCAUGAAAUAACUUCACCCAUGCAUGUCAGACUAGCAAUGCCUGAGCAGGCUGCCUGUGAGGCACCCCCUGUGAAAUUGGGAAGCCUCCGAGAAUGCUGUUCAGCCAGGUCCUUGGUAACUGCUGCCACAACCACAGCAGCAAGUGAAAUACUGUUGGUCCAACAUGAUUUUAGUGAGAUAGGAAUGUCUGGAUGCUUCGGCACCAGCUGGACAACCCACAAGCCAGAGGAAUGGUGGUCCUCUGAUGGAUUCUAAGGGAGUGGAGUGUGCAAGAGUCUUGCAACAUGGAACACAGAAGGGCCCUGUGAAACUCAGUUCCACGAGUGGAUGGAACUGAAGGAAUGGGAGUGAAAAUAACUAGGUCAUCCAGUGGGCAUAGGAUCCAAAGGUCUCAGAACUUAGGUGGCUCCAGACACUUUGACUUCCUGGAAAUACAAGUGCCACUCUGGGGGGUUGAGCCCUGGACAGGAAGCACACAGUUAUAGCUCACAGUACUGU